AUGGCUGCCGGAGUUGGAUAUGGCUUUGCCACGAUGUCGACGGACACGGGCCACAACUCCGUUUCUAGCGAUGGUUCUUGGGCCUAUCAAGCACCUGAAAAGGUGGCUGAUUGGGGGUACAGAGCCAUGCAUGGCUCAACCGUACUUGCAAAAGAGAUCACCGAGAUYUACUACAACUGCAAACCCAAGUACAACUAUUUCAGCGGCUGCUCCACCGGCGGACGUCAGGGUUUGAAGGAGGUUGAGAUGUAUCCUGAAGACUUUGAUGGUGUGCUAGCUGGUGCACCUGCGUGGUGGACCAGUCACCUACAGCCUUGGACCAAUAAGGUUGCGUUGUACAACCUGCCGAACACUACGUCUAGUCACAUACCGUCCGCAUUGUUUCCUGCAAUAGCAGCAGAGGUACUUCGCCAGUGCGACCCGGCGGAUGGAGUGGUAGACAACAUCAUCUCCAGUCCAAAAACCUGCGAUUUCUUCGCAGAGGCUUUGCUUUGUCCACCUGGCGUUGUGAACCAGACUGCUCAGGGUUGUCUGACAGCACCACAACUUGACACUUUACAAAUGAUCCAUUCGGCCUACGUUGAAACAAACCAGACGUUUGUCUUUCCCCGCCUCGAGAUCGGAAGUGAAGCGCAGUGGGAUGCCCUACUUGGGAGUUCCCAACCGAAUGGUCUCGGCGUCGACUAUGUUCGAUACUUCCUCGGCAUCCUUGACUGGGACUUUUACAAAUUUUCGUAUGAUAUUGUCGAGCUGGCAGAUGCAGUACAGCCUGGCAACGCAACGGCAGACAACUUCGACAUUAGCCCAUUCCGUACACGAGGUGGCAAGCUCCUCCAGUACCAUGGACAGGCGGAUGGUCUCAUCCCGACAGGGUCUUCCGAAUACUACUACAAGCAGGUCUACAAGACCCUUGGCACCCAGGGCUUGGAGCUCGACUCAUGGUAUCGGUUCUUUCUCGUCCCCGGCAUGAAUCACUGUCAAGGAACUCCAGCGGCGGUCAAGGCGCCCUGGUACUUUGCGGGUGGCAAUCAGGCAGCGCAGCUAGGAACUGCAACCAGUGGCGUCCCGGGAUUCAGAGACGCUGACCACGAUGCUAUGCUUGCUCUGAUGCAAUGGACGGAGACCAACAGGGCUCCCGAACGCAUUAUCGCAACAACGUGGACCAACGAUACGCUUCAUGACGAAGUGUUCCGGCAGAGACCACUCUGCCCGUACCCUCGAAUUGCAAAGUAUGACGGAUUAAGUGACCCGAACAAGGCGGACAGUUGGACGUGUAAGGAUCCAUUCGGCCUCCAGACACAGUAG